AUGGAGGAUUCAUCAUCAGACAAAGUGACCAUCAACAACCCAGCAGACAUCUCCGUCAUCGUUGGAUAUUUCAUCACCGUUAUAAGUGUCGGCAUCUGGGCCAUGUUUCGGACCAAUCGGGGGACGGUCGGAGGAUAUUUCCUGGCAGGACGCACCAUGACCUGGUGGCCUGUUGGUGCGUCUCUGUUUGCCAGCAACAUUGGUAGUGGUCACUUUGUGGGCCUGGCCGGCACCGGGGCAGCCAGCGGCCUGGCGGUGGGGGGGUUCGAGUGGAACGCUCUGUUCAUCGUGCUGCUGCUGGGAUGGCUGUUUGUUCCCGUCUACCUCACCGCUGGGGUGAUCACCAUGCCUCAGUACCUGAAGAAGAGGUUCGGAGGGACCAGGAUCAGCCUCUACCUCUCUGUGAUCUCUCUGUUCCUCUACAUCUUCACCAAGAUCUCAGUGGACAUGUUCUCAGGAGCAGUUUUCAUCCAGCAGGCUUUGGGGUGGAACAUCUACGUGGCAGUCAUCACCCUCCUCUUAAUAACAGCCUUGUACACCGUUACAGGUGGCCUGGCUGCUCUGAUGUACACCGACACCGUUCAGACUUUUGUCAUCAUUGCCGGGGCGUUUGUCCUCACCGGCUACUCGUUUGCUGAGGUGGGCGGCUACAGCGCUCUGCUGGCCAGGUACAGCUCUGCUACGCCCAGGAACUUCUCCUCCACGGAGCCCCAGCGCUACAACAUCUCCCCCAGCUGCUACCUGCCCCGCCAGGACGCCUUCCACCUGCUGAGGGACCCCAGCACCGGGGACCUGCCCUGGCCCGGGGUCCUGUUUGGGAUCGCUAUAGUGGGAGGCUGGUACUGGUGCACAGACCAGGUGAUCGUCCAGCGGUGCCUGGCGGCUCGGAGUCUGAGCCACGUGAAGGCCGGCUGCAUCAUGUGUGGCUACCUGAAGCUGCUGCCCAUGUUCCUCAUGGUGUUCCCCGGCAUGAUCAGCAGGGUUCUCUACCCAGAUGAAGUGGGCUGUGUGGUCCCAGAGGAGUGUAUGAGGGUCUGUGGGACGGAGGUGGGCUGCUCUAACAUUGCUUACCCUAAACUGGUUGUGACCAUCAUGCCCAAUGGGUUGCGCGGCCUGAUGCUAGCUGUGAUGCUAGCUGCUCUCAUGUCCUCUCUGGCCUCCAUCUUUAACAGCAGCAGCACUCUGUUCACCAUGGACAUCUGGACCCGCAUCAGACCCCGGGCCACGGAGCGGGAGCUGCUUAUUGUGGGCAGAGUGUGGGUUCUGUGCAUCGUGGCCGUCAGUAUCUGCUGGAUCCCGGUGGUGCAGGCGGCUCAGAGCGGUCAGCUGUUUGACUACAUCCAGUCCAUCUCCAGCUACCUGGCUCCGCCCAUCUCCUCCGUCUUCCUCCUGGCCGUGUUCGUCAAGAGGGUCAACGAAAAGGGAGCGUUCUGGGGUCUGAUGGGCGGGCUGCUGAUGGGUCUGUGCCGGAUGCUGCCUGAGUUCUGGUUCGGUUCUGGCAGCUGUAUCUUCCCGUCUAACUGUCCGUUCCUGGUGUGUGGGAUCCAUUACCUCCACUUUGCAAUCAUCCUCUUCUUCUGUACGUCAGCGUUGGUGCUGCUGGUCAGUUACUGCACGCCGCCCAUCCACGACCAACACCUCCAUCGUCUGGUGUUCAGUCUGCGUCACUCUAAAGAGGAGAGGAAAGAUCUGGACUGGGAGCAGAAGGAGAAAGACAGAGAAGCCCAGAGAGAGGAGGAGGACAGGAUGAGGGAGGACAGGAUGAGGGAGGACAGGGACGCAGCAGCUGUAGAGGAAGGAGAACCUGGGAUCUGUCAGCUGAUUGGAGGUUUCUGUGGCGGUGGCGGCUCUCAGGUGCAGGUGCAGGACUCACCUGAGGAGCCAGAGCAGCUGGCUGACAUCAGAGAGGAGCCUGAGUGGAAGUUCACCGUGGACGCUAACGCUCUCAUCAUGAUGGCUGUAGCAGUGUUCCUGUGGGGUUACUAUGCUUAGCAGUCAUAUGAGCAGUGGGUGAAAGAAACUAAGUACAUUUACUCAAGUACUGUACUUCAGUACAAUUUUGAGG